AUGACAAAGUUUGACUUUACUAAUCAUUCGCAUCGUCGUUUAAAUCUUUUAACUAAUUCUUACGUCUUAUGCUCCCCCCACAGAGCGAAAAGACCCUGGCAAGGUGCUAAAGAAGAAUUGAAGAAAAAUACAUUACCAGAAUACGAUCCUCAGUGCUAUUUAUGUCCAGGUAAUAUCAGAGCUACUGGUGAUUCAAAUCCAAAAUAUGAAUCCACAUAUAUUUUCCCUAAUGACUACCCUGCAGUUAGGUUAGAUCAACCGGAUUAUGUUAGUGAAAUAAAAGAUGAUGCAAAUGCGGAUUCAGAAACUGACAAAUUAGAAUCUAGACUAUUGGUGACUCAAGGGGUUAAAGGAAAAUGUUUUGUUAUAUGUUUCAGUCCAAAUCAUAGUUUGACUUUACCAAUCAUGCCAAUUAGAGAUAUUAUUAGUGUUAUUGAUACUUGGCAGAAACUUUAUCUUGAAGUUAAAAGUCAAUCAUUAUCUGGUGAAGCACCUUAUCGCUAUUUACAAAUUUUUGAAAAUAAAGGUUUUGCAAUGGGGUGUUCGAACCCUCAUCCUCAUGGUCAAGCUUGGUGUCUUGAUCAAAUUCCAACAGAAGUUAGUCAUGAAUUAACUAACAUGAAUGAAUAUUUUAAGAAGAACGAAUCUCAUUUAUUAGGUGAUUACGUUAAGUUGGAAUUGGUUAAAAAGGAGAGAAUUGUCUUACAAAAUGAUUCUUUCCUAGUAGUGGUACCAUAUUGGGCUUUAUGGCCAUUUGAAACUUUAUUGAUCUCAAAGAACCAUUUACAUUCCAUUGAGGAGUUCAAUGAAUACGAAAAGGCAGACUUGGCCUCCAUAAUGAAAAAAUUAACAACAAAGUAUGAUAAUUUAUUCAAUACUAGUUUCCCUUACUCAAUGGGUAUUCAUCAAGCUCCCUUCAACUGUUCCAAACACGAUCACGACAACUCUUGGUUCCACAUGCAUUUUUAUCCACCAUUGUUGAGAUCAGCCACUGUAAAGAAGUUCUGUGUGGGGUUUGAAAUGUUGGGCGAAGCUCAAAGAGACUUGACCAGUGAACAAGCUGCUGCUAGAUUAGUGGAUUUAAAUGGUGAGGCUCACUAUUCGCAAAAACUGUCUGAUGAGAAAUGAGAGAAAUGAGUAAUGUAAUAUGCCGGGAGGGGAUGGCCCAUAACUUUUUGUAACUUAUAUAUUAAUACAAUCUGAAUCUAU